AGCAGGUGAAAGGCACAGGUAAACAUCGCUAUCCAGGACAGUUGACCAAAUCUAAAAGAAAAAUUCAGACGCCUCUGAAAAAUCAUACAAUGCAGGGAAGUAAAAGCCCCAUAACAGUGAUUUCAUAUGUACUUAUUGUUGUGAGUUUUGGAGAUGUUGAAUCUUCUUAUCCAACAGCGUGCCAGUGUUCCAAUGAUUCUGCUAUUUGCAGACCAGGAUUAACCAACUUUCCUUCCGGAUUCCCAAGUCAUUUCACUUCAUUACAACUCAGUGGCACCUUUUCCUCUCGAAACCAGAUUCCGUUGAUUGAAAGUAAAAAUCUUAAUUCCUUCCAGAACCUUGAGAGACUUUACAUGGCUUUCAGCAAUGUAGAAUCCAUAACCAGCGGUUCUUUGCCAACAACAUUGAUUACACUGGAUUUUUCUUUCAACAAAAUUGGAGAAAUAACACAAAACACGUUAAAGGGGUUAACAAGACUCAAAGUUUUGAAUUUGUCUGGAAAUAAUGGUACUGAAAUACAAUUGUCUGCUUUCAACGAUUUAAGCAAAUUGACAGAAUUAUAUCUGGCAGAGAUGGGCUUAAAGAAACUGGACAAGCGCUUAUUAGACAGUCUUCCAAUAUUGAAGGUCUUAGACCUUCAUGGAAACAAACUAAAGCAGUUGGACUGGAGCUUCACGAAGACCCUUACAAAUAUGGCUUAUAUUGAUAUAUCUGGAAACCUAUUUACAGAACUUUCCAAUUCAUCAAUAAUGACAUUACCACGCAUAAAGAGUAUCUACGUAAAUGAUAACGAUUGGAAAUGCACCUGUGCCUUGGAGUGGGUAAAAGUGCUUCCUAGUCCUAUACCGGAAUCUGUCACGUGUAGUACACCAAAAUCUCUCCAAUACAUGUCCAUUGUAAAUGUCCCUUCCCCCCAGCUAACCUGUGUACCGGCAUCUGUAAGUUGUUCUUCAACUUCAAGUACCGGCAAGUAUCACACCAGCCUCAAUAUUUCAUGUACAUUUGGAGGAGACCCAUUCCCUGACGUCAUUUGGACAAAGCCUGAUGGGACGGAGUUGAAGUACUAUAAUUAUAACAAUCCAAAUUACGAGGUAUCUGAGACAGGUGUCCUAACCAUAAAGUCAUUGGACGUUGAUGACGACGGUCGGUGGACGGUUCAGGCCAACAACGUGAGGAAACAAAAUGUGGUCAACAUGCAAGUGACCGUGACUCCUUAUCCAACUACCACUACCACCACAACUACGACUACAACUACCACUACCCCCAUCACCCCGACAACAACCAUGACUGCCACACAGACAACAGCCAUAAAGACCACCACAAAAACCCCAGCAGAAAACCAGACACCGUCCAAGCCUAUGGGAGGGAUGUCCAUUUACAUCACUGUGGCAGUGGUAGUGGGCAUAGCUCUUAUUAUCCUCAUGAUUUGCCUGAUCAUAUACUGCAUAAAGCCCGCUUUCUGGAAACAAAACCGUUGCCAUGCCUUUCCGAAACGGUCCGAGAGGAUCGGAACCUAAUUCGAAGGUGAUCAUGCAGACUGAAUGGGAUAAGUUUUUUCUAUCGUAGCAGUAGCCGGUUUUAUAAAGGAAAAAAGAGUAAAACAAAUUAAUAUGUGGUGAUAAUUGCGUGAAUCAAAGAAAUGCAUUCAUCUUAAACGAAAUUUCUGUUGAUUGUGUGAUUCAUGUUUUAUUAGAUUAUGUAUUGAAUAAAUAUAUCUUCUCAAUCAG